AAGCUACUUCGCAGAAACCAGUUGGUGUUGCUGAACCUCUCUUCUGGUCCACGGCAGGGGCAGGAGGCUCGGGAGCAGAGGCACCAGAACCAGCUCCAAGCACACAACCCAAGCAGCGCGGAGCGCACCCGGAGGCCCCAAGGGCCGUCGGGUGAGCAUUUGGUCUUUUAGCUAUGGGGUCCGCAGCGUUGGAAAUUCUAGGUCUGGUGCUGUGCCUGGUAGGCUGGGUGGGCUUGAUCCUGGCGUGUGGGCUGCCCAUGUGGCAGGUGACUGCCUUCCUGGACCACAACAUCGUGACGGCUCAGACGACUUGGAAGGGGCUGUGGAUGUCUUGCGUGGUGCAGAGCACCGGGCACAUGCAGUGCAAGGUGUAUGAAUCCGUGCUGGCGCUGAGCGCCGAGGUGCAGGCAGCUCGGGCGCUCACCGUGGGCGCUGUUCUGCUGGCGCUGGUGGCACUCUUUGUUACCCUGACCGGCGCGCAGUGCACCACCUGCGUGGCCCCGGGCCCGGUCAAGGCACGCGUGGCACUCACGGGCGGAGCGCUUUACGCGCUGUGCGGGCUGCUGGCGCUCGUGCCGCUCUGCUGGUUCGCCAACAUCGUGGUCCGCGAGUUCUACGAUCCGUCGGUGCCGGUGUCUCAGAAGUACGAACUGGGCGCGGCGCUGUACAUCGGCUGGGCCGCCUCGGCCCUGCUCAUGUGCGGCGGCGGCCUCGUGUGCUGCGGUGCCUGGAUCUGCUCCGGCCGCCCGGAGUUCAGCUUCCCAGUCAAGUACUCGGCGCCGCGGCGGCCCACGGCCAACGGCGACUACGACAAGAAGAACUACGUCUAAGGGCGGGAGGCACGGCGGGGCCCUUCCCGCAGCCAAGCCCGCGUUCGGAAGGACCGAUGCGGGAAGCGGCAGGUGGAUGACCACCACCGCUAGGUUGCGCAGCGCAGACUCCGAGGCAAGUUAGGCUGGGUUCGGAUCAGGCUUGUCCGCGCCCACAGAGGGUCCUCUGUCACCACCCAGGCCCUGCUCAGAACAGACUAUACGGGCACUUGUGAGGAUGUGCCGUUGGCCAUGGCAAGGGUGGAACUCUCGGAUUUCAUCGGUGAAGUAGGCACCAAACUGCAGCUGACAGUUCCUACUGAGACCCUGGGGAGUAUUGAACGCUGCCCUAAUGUCAGUGGCUCCUGCUGACCCGAAAGAACUGGAGAAAUCCAGGGCCUGCAGCCUGGGGCUGCUAGUGGGGCGCGUUAUAAAGGGCGUUUUCCUUGUUAGUGGAGAGGAGGCCGCCGAACCGACCGACGCUGGACCUGGUCUCACUCCAGCACUCCCCCAAGAGGGCCCUGUAGGUACCAGAGUCUUAGAGAGGCUGCCCUCCUCCUCGAAGCUUGGGGAUGAGGGGUGGGGUGGGCAAGAAUUUGCUUAGUAAAUGGUUUGAAAAC